CGGUACUCUGUCGUUCGGUGAAAGGACAACCUCAAUAUAACCCAUACAAGUGAAGCACCAACACACACACACGCACUCACGCAUCGUCUACAUAGGUGCGGCAGGCAGUCAGUGGUAGUGCCAACGAGAUUUGAAAGAAAAUGCCUAGACAUAAAAUUCCUUAUAUUUUUUGCCAGAUUAAAAUUGAUAAAAUGUCAGCUUGCAGCUGAAAACUUUUUAAUAAAAUAAAAUCAAUUCAAAUUCAAUCAAUCAUCAAGCAGCAGAGACAACGACAGCGCCAGAAACCUCAAAAUCAACCAACAAUCGAAUAACAAUCGAAGAAGAGGAAAGGCAGCGGCAGAGUCCUGCGAUCCACUCCGAGGCUGGUCGAGCCGGGCCCCAGGGCUAAUGAAGAUGAAGUGAUAUCCCGGCCAGCUGGAACUGUGUUCGAGCCGAAAUUAAACAGAAUAUAAAUCGCUGGAAAAAUGGCAGCGAUUUGUCAGCAUCUGUCGAGCGGAACAAAUGCAAAGUAGUUAUCUAACUAAAGGGAAAACUACAGAGAGUCUAGCGGACUAGGCGGUAGAACACAUACAUUACGCAAAACGAUUUUCUUUUCAUUUUUUUGCUGGCGACCUUUUUGUUGCGGCAAUUUCACGCAUCGCAGCGGGAUGAUGGCAGGCGCUAAUCAGGCCGCUCCCAGCCACGCCCCUCAGUUAUUCCGGCAACACAUUUUCAAAUAGCUCCAACCCAACACAGAAAAACCCAGAGAGAUAGAGUGAGCGAGCGGGUGAGGGCUCAGAAGUGAAAUAUUAUGGCCACUUUUCAAAUGGAAAUGCGCCAGCAGCAGGAGCAGGAACAGCAGAAGGAGGAGCAACGAACGAAUUUAAAGCAACGAGAAACGGCAACAUCUGCAACAGCAAGAGCGGAAACACUUGCCACAUCCACAGCCAGGAGACAACGACCAGAGCGAGAUCAACAGCACUCGGACCCACCAGAAAUCAGCACAGAUUGCACCAGGCUUUGGCCAGGCACCUGCAAUAGCAGCAGCACAGCCAGGGUUAGUGGUUGCGGCAGUGGCAGUGGCAGAGGCAACACCAAUCCACUCAUCAGCAACAUCUCCACCAACAACAACAAAAGCAGAAGCAGCAACACCAGGAGACUCUACGUGGACUGCAGAGGCCGUCAAAGGGCACUGAUAAUGCUCAGCAUGCUCUUUCUUAUCAUCGCUCUGAUAUCUGGAAAUGGAGUGUUUGCCGCACAGCGUGACUCAAACAAAUCGAAGGAUAUGAGCAGCAGUAAUAAUGCCAUUCCGAAUGGUGGAGCAGGAGCAGCUGGCGUGGGAGAGGCCUCCCAGUCGCCAGGAGGUCCCAGUGGUGUCGCCGGAAGCGGAAGCAUGAGCAGCAAUAGCAACAAUGCCAACGGAAAUAACAAAAAUGGCCAUGCAGCUGGAGGAGGAGCAGGCCUCUCACCAGCCUCCGAGUCCAGCUCAAUGACAACCGAUGCCAGCAGAGCGCCCAGCUCUAGCUCCAGCUCUGGAUCUGGCUCAAGCUCUACCACCAUCACUGGCAUUCCUAGCAGUAGCUUGCACAAGGCCAGCAGCAGCAGCAUCAACACAAUUGCCUCACAAUCGGGAGCCGCAUCCGCAUCCGGCAUCCAUCGCAACAGCAUCGACCUGAUGGAGGAGGCACGCAAUGCGGGACCCUACUUCGACAAGGCCGUCUCCAAGAAUGUCACCGCCCUGCUGGGCAAGACGGCCUAUUUGAACUGCCGCGUCAAGAAUCUGGGCAACAAAACGAUGCUGCUUCAGGUGUCUUGGGUGCGACAUCGGGACAUACACUUGCUGACAGUGGGCCGGUACACGUACACGUCGGAUCAGCGCUUUCGGGCCAUACACCAGCCGCAAACCGAAGACUGGAUGCUACAAAUCAAAUAUCCGCAGCAUCGUGAUUCUGGCAUCUACGAGUGCCAGGUAUCAACCACACCGCACAUGAGUCACUACAUUCACCUGAAUGUUGUUGAACCCUCGACGGAAAUAAUCGGCGCCCCCGACCUGUAUAUAGAGAGUGGAUCGACUAUAAAUCUCACCUGUGUCAUACUCAACUCACCGGAGCCGCCGGCUUAUAUCUUCUGGAAUCACAAUAAUGCAAUUAUCAACUACGAUUCGCCGCGCGGCGGCGUUUCGGUGGUGACCAAUAAGGGCGAGACGACCACAUCAUUUCUCUUGAUUAAAUCGGCGCGUCCGUCGGACUCGGGGCAUUAUCAGUGUAAUCCAUCAAAUGCAAAGCCCCGCAGCGUCACGGUACAUGUGCUCAAUGGUGUUUCUCAUUCCGUUUCCAGGGGAGUUCCCAGCAGCAAUGCAGCACGCGGCACCAGCGCAUCCUCGCCACUCGCUCACUCGCUAUCUCUGUGUGUACCUGUGUGUGUGCUUCUGCACCUGGGCGCUUGUCGGACGCUCCACACGCUCCUCGCUUCGGCAGCUCGUGUCGCCUCCGCCUACCGUCGGCCGAAGCGUGUCCCAGCCGGCAGUGUGUCCGUUUGUGGGAUUGGUGGCAUGCGACAGCUCCUCGAGUGCAUUCUGAGUCUCUGCUGCUGCUGCUGCUGUUGCUGCUGGCAUUGGCAGGGCCGGAGACCAUGGUGCUGGUGGCAACCGCAAGAGGAGCAGCUCCUGCCACAACAUGAACUUCAAUCAAGGAAGAUGGCACUGGAGACGGACACGUUAAGGCAGGUCUUUGAGGCGGACAUAAGGUGAGCGAUCCCUAGACCCGCUCCACGCUAAACCAACAGCUCUACACCCUAGACACACUGUAACUAUAAUAACUAUAACGUAUCUUAUAUGAAUAUACAUAAAUCUAGUGGCUAUUGGGUUUUUCUAUGAAUCAGCGACGUAUACGUAAUAUUUAGCACAAAAUAUGAAUGAUAAUACGAAAAUCAAGCCAAGUUGUCGCCUUUUUUUCUAUGUACGACUUUGUAUCAUACAAUGAAGCUGUCUACGUUUUCGGUUAACUAAACCUUUGAUUGGAAAUUGUGUAUAUAGGCUGCAUAGCAUACCUAGAGUCGCUUUUUCAAUUGACUAUGAUACUCUCCUUUCCACAACUAUGAAACUUUUAUAGAACAAUACCAGACAAAAAACAGAAAAAGAAAAGAAACCCCAAAAAGAAAAACGAUUUUCCCCACUGUAAACGCUUCUCGACUGCCAUUUUGUGACUGUUUCCUUCGAAGGCAAGGCGAAAACUCUCAUUUGCAUUUGGUCAAGUCCUAAUAGACAGAUAAAUGUUCAAAAAAGGAAAAAAUAUAAAAAGAUUCAACUUCAAAUACAGCAUAAACCAAAAGGAAAAAAAAAUAAAAUAAACACUAGCAAUACACGUGGCAAAAACUGUAAAAUAUAAAAGGAAAUUCGAACCUAGAGGGAGGGAAAUUUAGCUACAAGUUAAUGCGAAACGAGAGAAGGAGAGUGUUUGUUCUUUUGGCUGGUAAUGCAUCUGAAUGGUUAGAGACUAAGUCAUGAAAUACAUAAAGAGUAACCCUCGAAUAAGUUUUUUUCAGUUGUGUUUUGUGUAAUGUAAAAAUUUAAUAAACAUAAUUAAGUACGAGUAUUAACCAAAGUGCAGAGGAGAAGACACGUAAGACAGGAACGGUUUGAGUAUAGGAUACAAUCGGCAUAGAUGGAAAUUUGUUGCACAUUUCAUAAAUUUAUUUGUUGUUAAUAAAUGCGAAAAUUAGACAAGUGUUAAAUAAAACCAUCUAAAACAGAAAGGGACAAUGUUUAAAUAUAUACACAAAAAAAUGCUAUGAGUAAAAGGUAUUUUAAAGCUAACUUCUAAAGGGAAUUUCCU